GGGAGGCUGUUUAAAGUGGCGCCCGCAGCGCGCGAAGGGGAUGGCGGAGCCGGCGGACUAUCCCCCCUUCCAGCUGGGGAAGCCCCGCUUCGAGCAGACUUCAUUUUAUGGCAGAUUCAGGCACUUCUUGGACAUCAUCGACCCACGCACUCUCUUUGUUACUGAGAGUCGCCUGAAGGAAGCUGUGCAGUUGCUGGAGGAUUACAAGCAUGGGACUUUGCCCCCAGGAGUCACCAACAAGGAGCUGUGGGGAGCUCAAAAAAUAAAGCAGGCCAUCAUCCAUCCUGACACAAACGAGACCAUCUUCAUGCCUUUCAGAAUGUCAGGUUACAUUCCCUUUGGAACACCCAUUGUUGUUGGUCUUCUUCUGCCCAACCAGACGAUAGCAUCCACUGUGUUUUGGCAGUGGUUGAAUCAGAGCCACAAUGCGUGCGUCAACUAUGCAAACCGCAAUGCGACAAAGCCUUCUCCGACGUCCAAGUUCAUCCAGGGCUACUUGGGAGCUGUCAUAAGUGCUGUCUCAAUAGCAGUGGGCCUUAAUGUUCUGGUACAGAGAGCAAACAAGUUUACCCCCGCCACUCGUCUCUUGAUCCAGAGGUUUGUGCCAUUCCCCGCUGUCGCCAGUGCCAAUAUCUGCAACGUUGUCCUGAUGAGGCACACGGAGCUGGAAGAAGGAAUUGAUGUUUUGGACAAUAAUGGAAACAUCGUCGGCUCUUCCAGAAUUGCUGCAAAACAUGCACUGCUUGAAACAGCCCUGACUAGAGUGGUCCUGCCGAUGCCUAUACUGGUUCUACCUCCAAUUAUUAUGUCCAUACUGGAAAAGACAUCGCUCCUGAGGUCCCGUCCCCGGAUGGUUCUCCCAGUCCAAAGCCUUGUGUGCCUCGCUGCCUUUGGCCUGGCCCUUCCCUUGGCCAUCAGUCUCUUCCCACAGAUGUCCGAGAUCGAGACGUCUCGCCUGGAGCCGGAGAUCGCAAUGGCCACCCCCAGCAAGACCGUCAUCUACAACAAGGGGUUGUAAGUGGGAGCUGCAGACCCCUCCACCCAGAAGAUCUGGGCAGGGAGAGGGGGAAACGUGAGAUGUCGACUGGGAGAGAAUGCAGCAGCGAGACGACACAAAUCCUAGAGCUCAGCCAUAGUCCUGCUGCUCCCAGAGAGCGGGAGUGGGGUAACACUGCUGGAGAACUGACACCUCUCACACCACUCGACAGAACUAACAUUAAAAGUCUUAACUUAGCAUCAGCCAGAAACUACAUUCAAACACACUUUAGACGACUAGCAGAGGAAUGAUCUCUAAACUUCUAGCACUGCAUGGAGGGAAGUUUACGGGAUGGUUACAUGGCUGUACCUAACUACACAGCAGUAGGUUUCACCCAGCAAAUUUUGUUUUCGAUGCAAAUUAAAUCACAGCACUGACACUGCACAAAAGUCAUUCUGCACAGACCGACGGGUGCGUGGCUUUGAAGCUCUUGACAGGGUGUUUGAUAAGUGUCUUGUAUCGAUUCCAUGUCAGCACUGCCCCAGCUGCCACCCAGCACAUCAGCAAGGGGUUCAAAGUCCUGGAAAGCCAACGUGCCCUGCAUGGGAUGGGAUCUUUGUGCAAAACAGGUGGGGUUUGUCCUCUCUGUGUAUAAGGCAGUCUGAGCUACCUGGGUAGGGUUCCAUGAGGGAUUAAGUGAAGCUGCUCCACUUUGAGUCCACCUGUCCUUUGUUUGGAUGCAGUGACGGGGCACUGCUGGGUACAGGAGCCACAUCCCACCUAGGUGUGUGGUUCCUUGACCCCACAAACCUCCUCCUGCUUGAGUUUGGGGCCGUAAUUUGGCUUUCUGGUAUCUUUUACCCAAAAGUAUAAAGAGCAGGGUUGGAAUGUGGCCACUGAGAUCAUGACGGGGCUCGAGGCGUGGUGGUGAUGAGCACGGCCAAAUGCAAUGGUUGCCGUCGUGCCAAUGCCAACUCGUUGGGGCUGGGGGAGGGCGGGGGGAGCAGGGGAAACCAAAUGUACACUGACAGAGAAUGUAUACUGAAGGAUGCGUUGCAAUGUAUGGGAGUGGGAGCUGCACAGCAGAUUCUGUCCCCACGCUGGUGUGGAUCGAAUAAUUGCACGUCUAAAAUGAGAGUUUUGUGGACAUCCAUACCAGCUUGAAGGGGAGAAGAGGCCAGCAGUGCUCUCCCCAUCCUUUCUACUGAUAGGACACCUCCUGGUCCCUGGCGCCGGUGGGAAUGCUGAGCUCAUGGAGCAGUUCUGCAUUUCCACCUGCAUAAGGGACAGCUGGAUUUGACCCAGCAGAGUCCUUCUAAUGCACUAGAUCAGCUGAAUGUACAGUCAGCACGUGCUUAAUGCAUGCUUCAAUACGUGCUGGCUCUGGUGGUGUAACUGAGCCCAAAGCUGAGUGGACCAGAAGCCUCCAAGGUGGGUUUUGCAGCUGCCGCAGCCGUUCUGCUGCAAUGCUGCAAAACUCAUUGAUCUCAGUCUUUUUCUUCUUCAGGGAGGGGAGUGACCGAGGCUUUGUAGUGGGAUGGUUUGUGCAAGGAUUUGGUCUUGCAUCGUAAUUACUGAUCAAAGCUAGUGAGCUCCAGCUACCUGCAGGGUCUGCAGAUGGAGCGAGUGAUGUGCGGCGGGGGGUGAGCAGGCAGCAUGCAGUGCCAGCGGCGCUGCUUGGAGGAGAGCAGGCUGCAGGGUUCCUAAUACAUGCUGCCCUAUGAAAUGGGAGAGAGAGAUCCUGCUCUGUGGGCAAGGAGUGGGCUCAGGGAUGUCAGAAGAGCAGCACUUGGGGAUUACGGCUCGGGUCAAACCCAGCUGUGCAGCCCAACAAGUGACAAUCAGUCUAAAUGAGCCCGGGUUUGUCAUGUCCUCUACAAAUCCCAUCAAACUUGUCUUAUUUCAUGUAUCAGAAGAUGGGAUGGAUAGCUUCUGCUGAGGAAGACUCUUCUGCCUCCUGACCCAGCCUUUCCCAAGCACUUGGUUCUUCCAGCUCAGCCUGGCAUUUGGAAAGCAAAGGGGCUCUUCUUGCACAGUUCCUAAACAUCUCCAAAAUCCUCCAUGGCCGUUGCAUUGCAGAGUACCUACCACGUGUGUCAGCAGUGCUUGUGGGGCGUGCUAUGGGGCUGGAGAGAAGAGGGUUGGCUCUACAUCUCCCACAACAUCGUGCUGACUAUCGGUGCAUUGCAUAUAUGUAAUAUUUUUUUAUACUUUUAUAUAUAUAUAUAUAUGGGCAGCAGAGCUGAAACCCAGCUUUGGAGUUGGGCUCCAACCCUACUGCCUGUCCCCUUGUCGUCCAUUGGUCCAUCCCCUGCUGUGGGAGCAGCACAAGGCACGUGCAGGAGGAGGCUCACCACAUUCUGAUGGAUGCGUGGUCCCCUUUGGGCAGCACAGUGUGGCCAUGUCCCCACCACGAGGUCCAGAGGUCUCCACCAAAGCUUCUGCAGCUCCCACAGCCAUUGCAACAUUGGGACCCUCGCUCAAAAGCAGCAGAACGGUUCUGCAGACACCAAGCUGACCUUUGGGGAGGCAGCAGCCUGCAAAGCCUAUGGUUUCACCAUGGCACAUCCAAAUCACUGCUGUCACUGUUGGGAAACGUCCUUGCCCUUCUUGUGCUUUGCCCAGGAGCUCAAGGUUGGCAAUUGGGCUCCGAUCAGAAAGUUGACUCAGCGUGGAGCUUAACUCUUGGUACAGCCUGGGAAAUGAAAAGCAUGGCACUGGAAAAGCGAUAGCACAUUAGUACUGUUUAUUAGGACGGCAAAUUGUGCCAAAAAAGAGCUAAUGAUAACAUUAUACACAUUCACUUAAUAGCUAAUUAAUCUCUUCGACUCUCCUAAUGUACAAAAGGAGCCUUGGGUUUGCGAGAACAACCCAACCAUUUGCAUUUAUUAUUUCCUAUAAUUGGGGAACUGGAAGAAAUGGGAAGGCAAAAACCCACCUCACACAUCGAGUUGUUCACCUCAGCAGAUAAUAAUAAUGAGAUGAUCAUCUCCAGUAGUAUUUAAUUAGAAAUGUCGCAGCUAAUUGAUUUCUGGGAUAUGUUAAUGAAGAAAUAAUGAGGUUGCAGCAAAAGGUGCCGGCGAGAAGUUUGAAUCCCUCCUGGAAGAAAUGUCCUUGGGCUGCUCCCCAUGGGCUGUCACCCCUGGCCCUGGCCUUGCAGUGUGGGCCCUGGGCUUGGGAAGCGAGCCCACGGCUCAGUGGUUGGUUCCUUCCUCCUACAGAACGAGUUUUAGGAAGUAACCAGGUCUGAUCUUGCCACCCACAUCCCUUUGGAUUUCCCUUGCAGGAUGGAGGCAGUGGGUGCCGAUGUGUGGCACGACAGCCCCAAUAGGUCCCUGCCCUGCUUCUACCCUGGGCAGCCUUGGUACAGUGGGCAACCCUCUCCACGGCAGGGGUUGGCACUGGAUGAUCAUUAAGAUCCCUCCAACCUAAACUGUCCUGUGGUUCUGUGAUCUCUGAGGUCCCCUCCGACCCAACCAUUCCGUGAUUCUCUGAUUCUACAAUACAAAUAUUCUACGCCUUUGUCCCAUGUGCUCUCACCUCCAUGUGCUCUCACAUCCGUGUGCUCUCACAUCCAUGUGCUCUCACAUCCGUGUGCUCUCACCUCCAUGUGCUCUCACAUCCGUUUGCUCUCACAUCCAUGUGCUCUCACAUCCAAGUGCUCUCACAUCCAUGUGCUCUCACAUCCGUGUGCUCUCAUAUCCAUGUGCUCUCACAUCCAUGUGCUCUCACAUCCGUGUGCUCUCAUAUCCAUGUGCUCUCACAUCCAUGUGCUCUCACAACCCAAAACUGCUUUUUGGCUAUUUUUUUUGUAUUAUUUCUGAGCUGCUUUGCCUCCUUUCUCACUUUUCCCUCCACGAUCUCAGGCACGGCUCCAUUCUUUUCUGCUCCAUGCUCAGCAUUUCUCUCCAUCCCCACGCAUCCGGAGCCGUCGCCCUCGCAGACCUCAGGUUUACGCCGGGUUCCCACUCAGCCCCCGGCAGCUCCUUGAUUCCUGCUGGGAUUCAGCCCCUUGUGACACCCUGGUGGCUCCAUACAGCUGCCUCGAGGGCUUCGUCCCGGCCACGUCUUCCAGCCUCACCCCCCGGCACGGCCCCCAAAUGCACACAAGUCUCUUUUUAACCUUCCUCAACCGAUUGAUCGACCACAAACACUUUGUGUAACACUUGGACGUGUCUGGAAUAAAAGCGUUUAAAGAC